GGAGAGCCAUGCAAGCUGUGUUCAGAAAAACACAGAAUUGGCAGAAAUGAGGCCGAUGGGUGACAGUGUGUCCCUUCACUGGGUCAUUGUCUCACUGGCCUGCCUGAGUGGCAUCGCACCCCAGGAGGGCCGCUGUGUCUCGCUCGCCAUUUACUGCCCAGCGGGCCCAGGUGCCACACAGCUAGACACCAACCUGCAUAAAAUGGGAAAGCCGUGAGCAGUUCCCCCAUAAAAUGCGAGAGAGUUCUGUCUGGCAGAGAAGAUAACCCGAAAGGCUAUGGCUUUAUUGUUCUGUAAGAUAUUAACCAGUCUUCUGUCCAACUCAGCAGUCUGUCUCCUCCGGCGGCACAUGGAUGGGUCAGGCUUUGAGCAAUUCCUCUUUGAACCAGCCUCACCAUCUAGCCAAGUUCCCUUGUCACCAGGUUAGAUAAAGCUCUGACACGUGUUCAGUGUCUACUUGUCUGGGAGCCUUUUGAAAAUUACACUUUGGCAGCAGAGUUUAUUGAAGUGGAAAGAUCAGCAGUAUCUGGGUUCAGACAGAGGCUGAUCCAGGGACCGGGUGAUGGCAUUAGGAUCCGGAUGGUUUCUCCUCACCCUUGGGUCUGCUGGCUUCACUCCUGGGGGCAGGGGAGGGGGGCUCUCUGUCCCUGGUGGCAGGACAACACCUGCUGCCCGGGCUGGCGUCCUCUGGGCUGCGGUCCAGUGAGCUGGCCCACCCACCGUACCCUGGUGCCCAGGUGGGAGCCUGAGAUUUGUUCUGGUCAGACUGGUCGGCCAGGCCCAGCGGGCUGGGGUUGCCAUGCUCUGUCUGGGGCUCAGACCACAUCUGGCCUUGACACCAGGGGCGGGGGUGCUCCCCAGAGGGGGCUGGAGUUACACAGACCUGGCUCCCGGCUCAGCCCCUCCACCCACUGGUCAGCGAGGGCAGAGGGCACCUUCCCAUAGCAGCUGUGACAACAGUGCCCAGCCCGCAAGGUCUUCGUGUGACUGGCCCACCACCCAUUGAGAGCAGGGAACCCUGCCCUUGAAUCCGGGUGCGGGCUGGUGACCACGGUGGAGGCAAAGCCGUGUGACUUCAGAAGCUGGAUCACUAAAGUGACAGGGCUUCCACCAGCUUCUCAUGGAACCCUUGUGUAGGACACAGCUGCUGGGCUCAGGGAAGCCCAGGCUGCCGGGAGAGGGCUGUGGGGAGCAGCGCCACCACCUGCAGGAUGUGGGCCAAGCUCCCAGCCACAUGUGCUCUGUCUUCAGGGGUCCUAGCACACACUGGUGUGGGGACCCCAGCUGACCCCACAUGGGGCUGUCUCCACCGAGGCCUGCCCACACUGCAAGUUCAUGAGCAAAGCAGAUGAUAGUUGUUUCACACCAGUGAGUUUGGGCUGCUUGUUACACAGCAGUAGAUAACUCGUACACUGGCUGCAGAUCCCUGGGCGAGGGACUUGACCUCUGUGUCUAUGUGUGGGAUGAGCAUAGUAGUAAUACCUGCCUGACUGCGUUCAUUCUUCAAAAAAUAUUAACUGAGCACCUACUAUGUGCCGGGCCACUGUUCUAGGCCCCAGGAUACCAUGUGAAAUGGCCUAGCACGUAAGAGGGGUUCCCAAAACACAGAUUCCUCCCCUGCUUUUCGUACCUGUGCAGCACUAAACAUCUUGGAUAAAGCAGUAACCAUUUGCCAGGUUCAGAUGGGACAGUUAAAAGCUGGCUGUAACCUCCAGGUCACUGGGCCCCUGAGGCUUCCCUGGUCCCUCAGGGCCGACAGAUGGAGAGGCUGCGCGCAGUCCUGGCGGGGAGGGGUGUCCCUUUCACUGCUAAGCGGUGUGAUCUAGUCAAGUGGAAAAGUGCUGUUUGCUGGGUAAUACAAGCCUCUAUUGUUCAAGGCCUGGAAACACAUGGGUGAAUAACCCAGUGCACGGCCCCGGGCUCCAGCGGUGUAAACACUGUUGAUACGACAAAAACAGGUACAGUCUUCCUUUUGUAGUUUAAGUGGCCCCAGGCUGGCCCAGGCCCAGACGACUGGAAUGGGCUUUCCUGGGGCCCACCCGCUUCUCCCUGUGGGCCCCCACCGACGGCCCACCAGCAUUCCCACCCAGCAGAAUCCAGCGCCAGGCACAGAGACCUGCUUGUGUGCACCGUGGAGGGACCCUUCGAGUUGGGGGAAGCUGGAUGCCUUCUGGAGGAGUGAGCAUCUGGGCCAGGCCUGGAGGAGGGGCAGGCUCGGGGAGGGGGCACUGGCACAUCCAGCCGGGCACUUCCCUGCAAGCCCCCAAGACUACAAGGAGCAGCGGUGCUGGCUCACGGCAGGGCCUGGGGGCGAGGAAGCCUGUCUAGGGGGGCCAGCUGGCGGCUCUGCGAUGCUGAGGGCCCUCUGUGAAUGUAAAAGCUUUAAAGAGAAAUUCAUGAAGUGUCUGCGUGACAAUAAUUUUGAAAAUGCUUUGUGCAGAAAUGAGUCAAAAGAAUAUUUAGAAUGCAGGAUGGAGAGAUCCAGACUGGGCCUCCUACACCCUGGGGGUGUUCAUCUGCCUGAGCUGCUCCGGAAUCCACCGGAACAUCCCCCAGGUCAGCAAGGUGAAGUCGGUCCGCCUGGACGCCUGGGAGGAAGCCCAAGUGGAGUUCAUGGCCUCCCGUGGGAACGCCGUCGCCAGAGCCAUGUUCCAGUCCAAAGUGCCCCCCUUCUACUACCGGCCCUCGGCCUCCGACUGCCACUCACGCUCGCCACGUACCCGCAUCGGCGCGGGCCUUGGGUGUCUUCUCUGUGAGCUGCCUGGGAGGCAGGCCAGUUCGGACCCCACUCCACAGGCGGGGAGACCGAGGCUGGCCUCAGCUCCUACACGCUGUGUCUGCCCUUCACCCCUCACGGGCAGGCCUGCGGACCACCUGUACAUCCUGAGGCGGCCUGGCCGCUUGUCCUGGGCUCUCAGGGAAGUCGGCGCCCCGCCCGCCAGCCCGCUCGGUAUGAAUCAGCAAGGUGGCAGCUGCUCCUGAGACAUGACUUUACCGCCACCGCAGGCUGCUCUGUGGUCUGGGCCGUUCGCAUGUAUGCCUCCCCGCCUGUCUGAGCGUGUGGUGAGGGGCAGGCCGGCCACAGGCUGUGUCCUGCUAGGCGCUCGGCUGGCUCCUCUGCGUCCUGGUCCCCGCAGAGUACUCACGGACA